AUUUUGGCAGUUCGGACCCCCACAAGUCUAAUAUUUUCUGAAUGGUGCAUGUCUACUCUACACGGUCUAUCAAUUGCCAUUGUGGUAUCGCUGUUCAUUUCCAUCUGUAUUGAAGGACUUCAAGAAUACAGGAGUGCAAGAAUAUUGAAAGCUUCUCUUCGGAAACCAAGGAAGAAUAUUUGCGGUCCUGACAGCAUACCGAUAUCGUGCAAAUUUUCUUGCACUCUUGCUUAUGUUUGCCAAAUAGUACUCUCUUAUUAUCUCAUGUUAAGUGUGAUGACAGGAAAUAUAUGGAUUUUCAUAGCUGUUAUAAGUGGCUCAGCCAUCGGUUUCUUCAUUGUUCGACCUUGGUUCAAAUGUUUUUUUUUGAAGCGAAGAAUGAUCACAUUGAAAAAGCAUUCAGCUACAGAAGAAAAUACGAAAAAUUUCGUUGAUACAAAACAAAUAGAAACACCAUUUUAAGACGAAAUAUAUAUUGCAUUUUUGUCUGUGCAUAAUACAUUUAAGACAUUGACUGAUAAAGCUGAAAAACCUUUGGUUGUUAAAUAUUUUUCAUACAAAACCUGGAGUAUUUGUCACUAAAAUUUUCACAAAAAAUUUAUUGUUGUUCAGAUUACUUCUUUUCAGUAUUAGAAUAUAUGUUCAAUAUUUUAAGUUAAAUUUUUAAUAAAAU